UACUAAUUUACUUCUCCAUCUCCUGCCAUUUUCUUAUUCUCUCUCUUCCAUCUAUAAUCUCGAUUUCCUUCACAUCUCCUACAGUAAAAAAAAGUCUGGACCGUGUGCCGACCACCUACUGAUUCAUGUUCUCUGAACUCCCAAGGAACCAUAUUCUCAUAUAUUCUCAUCUCCAUAUCCAAAUAUUCCCACCACCAGCGCCACCACCGCAACCACCAUCACCACACUAUAAAGCAACACUCAUCAUGCACUCUUCUACACAAACCCUACCAAGUUCACAGUUUUCUUCUCUGUAUUUUCAAAACACAAACCCAAUUCAGAAAACACAUUUUUAAAAAUACCCAUUUGUCCAUUUUAUUUUCUGGGUUCUUAUCGUUAACUAAAUUAAGGAUGAGAAGAAACAGGGGUUUCAGGCUAAAACACAAGCUAGUGAGGAUCUUCAAAUGGAUGAUCCGAUCCAGAAAAGACGAGACUCAGUGCCAAAGACUGGAUCCUCCAGCCCGAACCUACAACCCGAUUUCGAAAUUCUUCACCUUGGCUCGCUCUCUUCAACGCGGAGCCAAGGAACUCUGCUCCCCAAACUCGGGUUAUAUUCGGAUCCGUGGAGCCCCGGAGGAAACAAAAGCCACGAAACCGGUUGGUGUGCCGAAGGGGCACAUGGCUGUGUACGUCGGCGAAUCAGACGCUGACACGCAUAGGUAUUUAGUGCCGGUCUUGUACUUCAAUCACCCUUUGUUUGGGGAGCUGUUGAAGGAGGCUGAGAAGGUUUACGGAUACAAUCAUCCGGGUCGGAUCGUGAUACCUUGUGGGGUUUCGGAGUUUGAGAAAGUGCAGAUGAAGAUUGCUGCAGGGGACCAGUGCCCACGGCGGAGAAGAAAAAACCGUCGUUCUUGGUGACUUGACCCACAGCUGGUGGCAAUUAGGGUAAAAUGCCACAACGGUCCAAAUUCAUGACAGUGGUGUUCAUGUUUUUUUAUUUUUUUAUUUUUUUCGUUUGAAAAAAUAGAGUUGCCACUUAGUAGUAUGAUAUAAUGAUCUAGUAGUAUUUAUAUUCAUUUGUAAAUGAGAAGUUUUAGAUUCAAUUCUAGCCAAGUACGACUUUGAAUCACAUUAUUGUUAACUCAUUGUGAAACUAAACUCAUGUUUGUUCAAAAAAAAAAAAAAUAGAGGGUUAUUUUUACCCAAUUAA